CAGGGCUACAUAUCUGAAUGAGGUAGAACGCUAAAGUCACCAGCCACAGUCUGCGUCAUCUCUCCAACUCGCCUCCUUUUCUUGUCACGGAACCACCAAAUUAUGCUCCCGUUACAGCCGAUUUUUGGGGUAAAAGAAUAGCAAUAAUACACUUACGGAAAACAAAGACGACAAUCAAUCCUCGCCCACUCGGGGCCCUUGAGUAUUAACGAACCUACAAGUAAAACCGCUCAUUUCACGAUCCUUUUAGCAGCGCAUCGCAAGACCGAAAGAGAAAGCGGAUUCCGAUUCCACCGUGUUUCUACUACUUCAACCAUCGAGAUCAACAUGUCGGAGGCGUACGAGCGCGAGCGUCAGAACAAUGCGCGCCUGGAGGAGUUGUCCGCAAAGGUGUCGUCGCUGCGCGGCGUAACGGUGGAUAUUUACGACAACGCGAGAGCGCAGGACGUGAUCGACAAUACUUCCGAUACGUUUUCCUCCAUGUCGUCGCAGCUGAAGGGAUCCGCCGGUCGAUUGGGUCGUAUGGCAGCGUCGGGGAACAAGGUCGCUAUUCUGAAACUCUCGGGCAUUCUCAUCGGCGCCUUUCUCAUACUAUACUAUAUCCUCAAGUGGAUUUUCUGAUUGAUUACCCUACGGAUGAGCACGUCAAUAUAUGCGAACCGGGAAAAAAACGACCAAACUCUUGAGGGGAGCCAGGUAGGCUAUUGUCGAAUGAUAUGGUAUACCAUUAGUCCUUCACGCGAGCGCCGCGGAUGUGGACCCUUUAGAUUUACAACCCUUUUUGGAUGGUGUAGGGGUUCAUGAAAUGAAAGUGGCGGGUGAUUGCAUUGCACUUGGCUAAAAUGACAUGGAUACACACGACUUAAAGGCAAUGCGAUGGACCUGCAAUCUGUGACGGCAUGCCCAGACGGUAUCGGCAGCAAGUA